AUGUCGACUUCAAUUGAAGAAGAAGAAGCUCAAAAGCGAGCAGAAUGGCGUGCCGAACAAAUUCGCCAACUGCGAAUCGACUCCCGAUUCUCUUUUCCCUUCGGUAUGCGUCUCCCCAUCGCAACAUCCAUAUCCUUCGUCUCAGGCCUCGUCCUGGGCAUGUCACACGGUAGCCAGAUGGCAGGGUUCCGAUUCAGAGCAGAAAAUGCGCAUAGAUUACCGACGACGCCUACGGGCUGGUACCUGUAUCACAAGAGCAAGAAUUACAACAUGGCGCUUGGUGGAGUCAAGGAGGGAUUGAAGAUGGGCGCGAAGGUUAGCUUUUGGACGGCGGGAUUCUUUAGUAUAGAGGAGAUGUUUGAUCGGUAUAGAGGGACAAAGGAUUUUAUCAAUACGGUUAUUGCGAGUUUGUCUAUUGCUGGGGGGUUCUCGCUGUGGAACCGGUUCCCUAUCACCACAGCUGCCAGAACGGCGAAGACUUCAUUGGCUAUUGGAUUGGCAUAUGGACUUGCACAGGACGCAGUGGGAGCAGCAAGAGGUAGACCGCUCGGAUGGGUGGAUUUCAUACGCCGUGGGGGAAGACGAAAAGAGGCAAACACCAGGGCCGAUACUCAGAGUACCGGUACUUCCCAAUUAGCAUGA